AUGCAGCACAACAGCAACAGUAAUGUUCAAACAGUCCGUUUAGUACGCGAUUCUACUGAGGGAACCUGGGGUUUUGGUUCACAAGGUGGUACAGAGUUUUCUAUUCCAUUGUCUAUACAACUGAUCAAUCCAAAUACACCAGCUCAACAAUCGGGUUUAGCGCCUGGAGACAAAGUUUUAACAAUCAAUAGACGAGACGCGACAAAUCUUAGUCAUCAAGAAGCGAAAAUGGAAAUAACACGUUCGGGAAAUGACUUAGAAUUAGUUAUUACCAAGUAAAUGCUCUGACUUUAAUGUUCAUCCACAUUGUAAAGUGAUGUUAUUAUAUUAUUAUUAUUAUUAUUAUUAUUGAUAUUUCUUCGCCGGGUCAAUCAGUGAAACCUCAAUCGCUAGCGCAACUACGAUCAGGGCCUAUAGAGAAUAUACUGAUGACAGCGACUGAUGUAGUUAGGCCGGAUUACACAGUGAAAAAACCGGUAUGUAUGUAACGACGAAUACGAAGAACUGGGCACCGAUAAGCAAUAAAACUGACGAGGGAACCUUUCGAGGUGAUUAAACACUUUUUGCUCGGAAUCUAGUGGGUUAUAGGUUAUCGACCAUGCUAAUUCCAAAUAUGACCAUGGGAGUUGCCCUU